ACAUCAUUCAAACACUCUUCCAUUAACUCUGAAAGAGCAAGACACUCUCCAUUUCCCUGGAAGCGGCAGAUAUCAUGAUCUCUGCAGCAGUGACAGUCUCCACCCACCGGCGCCUGAGCACGAACACUGAAUCCUGCGUUUAUCACAGUAACGUUAUGUCUUCCAGGAAUACUAGAAUGUUCACUUUUGCGAAAGCUAAACUAGCAGCAGUGCUCGGGAUAGGACGGCAGUGUGUUGCACUGAGGGCACUCAAUGGAGCGCAAGCGGUGCGUAGAGGAUUCGCGUCCUCCGAACGAGAUGAGGAACCCAGCACUUCUGAAAACGAGCUCUUUGAUAUUAUAAUAUCCGGCGGGGGAAUGGUGGGCACCGCUAUGGCGUGUUCUUUGGGUCUAGAGCCAAAUUUGGCAGGGAAAAAGAUUCUUCUGCUGGAAGCUGGUCACAAAAAAGAGAUGAACAGGGUUCCAGAGACCUACAGUACAAGGGUCAGCUCCAUCAGCCCAGGCUCAGCAAUGCUUCUUAGUGGUCUUGGUGCUUGGGACCAUAUUGUAAAUAUGAGAUGCAAGCCAUAUAAUAAAAUGCAGGUUUGGGAUGCUUGUUCAGAUGCCCUGAUUACAUUUGAUAAGGAGAAUCUGCAGGACGAGAUGGCGUACAUCGUUGAGAACGACGUCAUUGUGGCCGCCCUCACCAAACAGCUGCAGACUCUCUCUGACCAUGUUGAAGUGCAGUACCGAACAAAAGUGGUGAAGUAUACCUGGCCCCAUCCUUACCAUGUCUCGGAGUCCAUCCCUUGGGUUCAGGUGACUCUAGCUAAUGGAAAGACUCUCCACACCAAGCUGUUGAUUGGUGCUGAUGGGCCGAACUCAAUGGUGCGGAGAGAGGCUGGCAUCCCAACAGUCAAAUGGAAUUACGAUCAAUCAGCAGUUGUCGCUGUUCUGCAUUUGUCUGAGCCCACAGAAAAUAACGUAGCCUGGCAGAGGUUCCUACCAACCGGACCCAUUGCAAUGCUUCCUUUGUCAGACACGGAGAGCUCGCUGGUCUGGUCCACCAGUCAUCAGCAUGCUGAAGAACUUCUACAGCUGGAUGAAGAGAGCUUUGUGGAUGCCAUUAACUCUGCAUUUUGGAGUAAUGAGAACCAUUCUGAGCUGGUGGAGACUGCCGGCUCUCUGUUUCGGACGGCCCUUUCUGUCCUGAUGCCUGACAGUGGCUCUGCACGUCAGCUUCCACCUAGCGUUGCAGGUAUUGGCCCAAAGAGCCGGGUCAUGUUCCCGCUAGGCAUGGGCCAUGCCACAGAAUACAUCCGCCACAGAGUGGCCAUCAUUGGAGAUGCUGCACACAGAGUCCAUCCUUUAGCAGGCCAAGGUGCCAAUCUAGGCUUUGGCGAUGUGGCCUAUCUCACAAAAGUUCUUAGCCAAGCAGCAUUUAAUGGAAAAGACCUUGGAGCCAUGCAGCACUUGUUGGAGUUCGAGACUGAACGUCAACGACACAAUCUUCCUAUGAUGGCAGCCGUUGACCUCAUGAAGAGACUGUACUCCACUAAUGCCGCCCCUAUGGUUCUAUUGAGAACCUUCGGCCUGCAGGCUACCAACACACUGCCUCCACUUAAAGAGCAGAUCAUGGCCUACGCCAGCAAGUAAAACACUAGCUGCAAACUGGAUGUUUGCUGGAUCUCUAAUGUUAGAAGAUUUUGUUCAUGGAAUGUAUGUGUAAAUUAAUAAAUUAUAUUUUAUUCC